AUGCCGCGCCUCUCAACCCGCAAGUCCCUCAUCCUGCUCCUCUGGCUCGGUGAUGUCUGCCUCUACAUGGCCCGCACGAACGUCUCUGUUGCGAUCGGCGCCAUGUUCUCCUCCGACGCGGCCGAGGGGCGCAUGCUCGCCGCCUUUUACUGCGGCUAUUUUGCCUUCCAGACGCCCGCGGGAUGGCUCGCGUCGCGUUUCGGUGGCAGCCGCGUCCUCACGGCGGCCGUGGCCGUUUGGUCGCUUGCAAGCGCGGCGAGCUGCUUCACACGCGGUGCGUUUGCGGCGCUCUUUGCACUCCGGGUCCUCGUCGGCUGCGCUGAGGCGUGCUGCUACCCGUCGAUGGCGCAGCUAGUGAGCGUCUGGAUCCCGACGAGCGAGCGGUCGUCGAGCUGGGCCUUCAUCACCACGGGCGAGCCCGCCGGCACGGUGCUGAUGCUGCUGCUCGGCCCUUUCCUCCUCGCGUCCACGGGGUGGAGGAGCGUCUUCCUGGUGGCGCGGGGCGUCACCCCGUGGCGCGCCAUCCUCACGAAUCGGCCCUUCCUCUGCACCGCCACCUGCCACUGCCUCUACAACUGGACCUUCUACAUCGGCCUCUCCUGGAUCGACAAGUUCCUGCACACGACCUGGCCAAACGCCUCCUCGGCCGACCUCGCCGCCGCAUCCGCCGCGCCCUACGUCGCCCUGUUCGCGUGCAGCGCCGCCUCGGGCGUCGUCGCCGACCGGCUCGAGGCGCGCGGGCUCUCUCCCACCCGCACUCGCAAGCUCAUCAACAGCGCCGGCCUGCUCGGCGGCGCCGCCGGCUUCGGCGCGCUGAGCUGCGUCGCGCCCUGCGGCGGCGGCAGCUCCGCGCCACGAGGCGCGACUCUUCUGUGCUUAGGCUCCUCGGCGGGGUACUGGGCAACCUUUGGGGACCUGAGCCGGCGGCACGGCGCCCUGCUUCUCGCCAUGAGCAACACGGCAGCCUCGCUGCCCGGCAUCGUCGGCAACACUGCCACGGGCCAGCUGCUCGCCUCGACGAGGGGAGACUGGGCCCUCGUCUUUCGCUUAUGCGCCGGCUCGCUCGUGCUCGGCGCUCUCGCGUUCCUGGGAUCCGAGGCGAGGGACCAGCUGCUCGACGACUCGCCGCGGGGCAUGCUCUCCUCCAAGCUGCUCGUGGCGCCCGGCGAGCCGGGAGGCAGCGAGGAGGAGGGCAGCGGCGCGUCGACGGCGGCCGGGCCAACAGUCCAGGCUGCUCGGGGUUGCAAGUUCUUGCUUACGGUCACCGAGUACCAGAUCGAUGUGUGGACGCACUUCAACUGGGGCCCACUACAGCACGACGAGUGA